AUGGCAGCCGAAACGUACGGUCACCGACUGAUCUACUCAGAAAAAGACAUGUUUACCAAUGAAGUCAUGAUGGAAUAUUCGACUGAAGACUGCUAUUUAUCCUGGCCGAGGUCUCCUGACUCUGGAAGGUCAAGUUUGGAGCCAACUCCGUCACUAGAUGGAAGUAUUCACCAAGAUUCUUCACACAUCGCGUACAGAGGAUUGUCGCAGGAUAUGCUAGAGGAUAAUAUAGAAGAUGAAGGACUAGACGGUUCUGGAAAGAGGAGAGGACGGGCUACCAGUGCGGCCGUGUUGAGAAGAAGAAGAUUAGCGGCUAACGCUCGUGAGAGGAGAAGGAUGCAGAAUUUAAAUAAAGCCUUCGACAGACUCCGCGGUCACCUACCUUCGCUUGGGGCAGAUCGCCAGCUUUCGAAGUACGAGACUCUUCAAAUGGCCCAAACCUACAUCGCAGCUCUUUAUGAACUAUUACAGUAG